AUGAUAAGAAGAAUAUUGUUUUCAAGCGAUGAAUCUAGUGAAAAUGAAGAUGAAAGACCAGCAAGGCGAAAAAUAUAUAAAGAAAGGGUACACGACUUUGAUUUUAAAGAGGCAUUCAGGUUAAAUAAGGUGCAAGUGAAGUAUGUCUUAGGCAAAAUCGGAGCUAGGUUAGCCCCUGCAAAUAGAAGAAACCAUGCUCUAACAGCGGAGCAGCAACUAUUGUUGACACUACAUUGGCUAGGGAAUGGGGCCCAGAUGCAUGGGAUAGCCAUCAUGCACGGCGUAAGAAAAUCGACAGUUUGUCGAAGUAUUAAGAAAGUUGUCAACAUCAUCAUUGAUACAAUGUUUGAAGAGGAAGUUAUAUGGCCAGAAAAUACACAAGACAUUGCCAUGGAAUUUUUGCGCAAAGGUGGAUUCCCAUGUGUCUGUGGAUGUGUUGAUGGCACCUUAAUAAACAUCGAUAGCCCUUCUAAUCAUGAAGAAGUCUACUUAACGCAAAUUGGCCUGGAAGCGUCCACGAUUCCAGAGUCUUUCGAAACACCGCAAUUUAUAGAAGGUUUGAACAAGGAUGGAGGCUUUUUCCAGGAGCAGUCAUUUUGGGAUUUGGGUGACUCAGCUUACGCAACACGACCGUGGUUGAUGACUCCUCUCCACAGAAACCCUGGUGCCGAAAAUGAAAGGCGGUACAACAACGCCCAUAAAUUGACACGGAAACUGGUGGAAGAUUCUUAUGGGAUACUAAAAGAAAAAUGUCCGUGUUUAAACCACCUACGGGCAAAUCCCGAAAAGGCUGCACGGAUUGUACUGGCAUGUGCCAUUUUGCACAAUGUUGCAAAAAUAAUUGGAAGAGAAGAUCACUACCCUAAUCGCGAAGAGAUGAACAACGAUAACCCAGACGAAGAUAAUAUGAUGCAAGAAAAUAAUAAUCCACCUUUGGGUGAAGAUACCAAAAGAAGAAUUAAUGAAUUAUUGCGUUACUUUAGAAAUUAA